AUGAAUUUAGAAAGUAAUUCUGGACAACAAUUACAACAAGAUGUUUCUGCUAAUUCACCAAAAAAUAUUCAUCAAUAUAAUGAUCAACAUUCUAAUUGGACAGAAAUGGAUUGUGGUUGGUUAGAUGAAAUUAGGGAAAUACAGAAUCAUUUUUAUUGGCGGCAUACAAAUCCAGCCCUUUUAUUAUGUUUAUACGCUGCUGUUUGUUUUUUUGGAGCUAUAGCUAAUUUUUUUGUUUUGUUAUCUUUUGCUAGAGUUGCACAAUUACGAAAUCUUCGAAAUUAUUUUAUUGCUAAUUUGGCAUUUUCUGAUCUUCUAAUGUGUACAAUUACAGCCCCAGUUACUUUAUAUUUAUCUUUAAACUUUUUUUGGCCUUUUGGAAAGUUUGCCUGUCAGUUGGUUGCUUCCAUUCAAGCAGUUAAUAUGUUUGUAUUAAUUGCUUUGGAUAGAUUUCUUUUAACUUUGUGUCCAGUAAAAUGGCGAUUAGCAGCAAAAGCUCCAUUAAUUUGUUAUUUAUUUGUUUGGAUAUGCUCUUUUAUUGUUGCUGCCCCAUAUGGAGCAGCUGUUUCUGCAGAAUAUGCAAGAAUGUUAGAUCCUUGGAAUUCGGCUAAUGUUGAACUUUUGCUACCAAUUUGUGAUAGAGAACAACCACAAAUUUGUAUGGAGGAUGUUAAAAGAUGGGACAGAUUACCGUUUUCUAGAAGGACAUACACACUUACAGUUUUGGCUAUACAGUAUUUACUUCCAUUGUCAGCCCUUGCAAUAGCUUAUUCACAAAUUGGUUCAACAAUAAGGCGUAGAGGUAAAGCUAGUACAACUGUACAUGGAGAACGUAAACAACAAAUACAACGAAGAAAUAGAAAAGCAAUGUUUUUAUUGCUUGGUUUAGUUCUUGUUUAUGCAAUUGCUUGGGCACCAAUGAAUAUUUAUAAUGUUUUACAUGUUUUAGAAUUUAUUGCUUUUUCACAAUAUAAUUAUCUUUUUUGUCAUUUAAUUGGAAUGGUUUCUGCUUCUAUAAAUCCUUUACUUUAUGCUCUAAUUAAUGAAUCAUUUCGAGCAGCAUUUCUACAAUUAAUCCAGCCUUUAUUAAAAAUUUGUUUUUUAAAUUUUAAUUCUCAAACAAUUAGAAAUAGAGAAAUAAUUACUAAUAAUAUACCCCAACACGAAACAAUUUCUUCUGCUUUAAUACCUCAAUUUGGAAAAAAAAUGGAAACACCGCCAACUAAAAGAACAUUAAUAACACAACAAAAUGAAGAAAAUAAUGGUGGAUUGAAUGUUGAUAAAAUUAAUGGAAGGGUUUCUGAUAAUUAUUUUAAAAUGAAUGAAUUGGGGGAAAGGAAAUUAGAAGAAGAAGAAAAUAAAGAAGAAAAUGAAGAAAUUAAAAUAUAA